AUGCCUCAUGUGUCAGGUCCUGAGGAACCUCAGACUGUGAGGGACGGUGCCGUCCUUCCAACACAUAAGAGGUUUCCCUGUACUGAGUGCGGGAGGGGAUUCCAAUUUAAAUCCCAACUUAAUUUGCAUGAAAGAUCUCAUACAGGGGAGAAGCCGUAUUCCUGUCCUGAGUGCGGGAAAUGUUUUUCACAUAAGUCCCAUCUUUACAGACAUCAGAGAACUCACAUAGAGGAGAAGCCGUUUUCCUGUCCUGAGUGCAGGAAAUGUUUUGUAAAUAAAUCGGAUCUUGUCACACAUCAGAAGUCUCACAUGGGAGAGAAGCCGUAUUCCUGUUCUGAGUGCUGGAAAUCUUUUUUACAAAAAUCUGCACUUGUCCUACAUCAGAGAACUCACACAGGGGAGAAGCCAUUUUCCUGUCCAGAGUGUGGAAAAUGUUUUUCAGAUAAGUCCAGUCUUAAUCACCAUCGGAAAUUGCACACAGGUGAGAAACGUUAUUCAUGUAAUGAGUGUGGGAAAUGUUUUACGAAGAAAUAUCAUAUGCGUAAUCAUCAGAGAUCACACACAGGUGAGAAGCCGUAUUCCUGUUCUGAGUGCUUGAAAUCCUUUGUACACAAAUUUGAACUUGUCAGACAUCAGAGAUCUCACACAGGGGAGAAGCCAUUUUCCUGUCCUGAGUGUGGAAAAUGUUUUUCAGAUAAGUCCAAUCUUUCUCAUCAUCGGAGAUUGCACACACCUGAGAAACUUUAUUCUUGUAAUGAGUGUGGGAAAUUCUUUACACAGAAGUCCAAUCUUCAUAAUCAUCAGAGAUCACACACAGGUGAGAAGCCGUAUUCUUGUUCUGAGUGUGGGAAAUGUUUUGCACUAAAAUCAGUACUUGUCUCACAUCAGAUGUCUCACACAGAGGAAAAGCCGCAUUCCUGUCCUGAGUGUGGGAAAUGUUUUUCACGGAAAACUUAUCUUUGCAGACAUCAGAGAUCUCACACG